AUGCCCAACGAUCUUGACAAGUCUCUUCUCGAUCGCCUAAACGCCCUUCGAGGCAAAAGCGCAGGAUCCGAGAAACCCGUUUCAACAGAAAUAAAAGUCGAUCUUAUUGAGAGGAAAAAGACGCCUACUCGUGAAGAUACACUCGCUGCUCGUCUCAAGUCUUUACGAGAACGUAGCGAUGAACCAUCUCCACCAGUAUCCAAGUCACUAGAGCCAUCAAAGCCCAAACCUCAACCUGAAAAGGCAGAUGAAGAAGAUGAAGCUAUGUUCCAGACAGAUGAUCAGACCCUAGAGGAACUUUUAGGAGAUGUCAAGCCAGAGGAAGGCUUCAGCGCAGAACCAGACGAUGCACAGGUCAAAGCCCUACUGGAACAACUCGCAGACGCAAUACCGAAAGACACAGAAGAAAAACAACAUGACUCGGAUGAUUCUGACGGAGAGGCUAUGAACAAAGAUGUCGAUCAAGUCAUCGCUCGCUUUCGCGAUGAGGUAGAAGUAGAAGCUUCUCUAGCCAAGACGAAAUCUCCAGAACCAGAGUCUGACUCUGAACCCAACGGUACAGAGACGGAUAUCGCACUUCCAGAAGUUCCCUCUGACCUCAACGAAAUCCCUACCUCGGCUCGUGCAGGCAGCGCAGACAUAGACGACAUAACCGCCCGUCUAGCCGCUUUGCGCGCCCCAUCCCCAGAUGCCGAAUCAUCCCUCGCAUUACCUUCCGUCCCAACAUCCAAACCCUCAGGAAAACCGGUAAAUCGUCUAAAUACACGUACAAACUACACCGACGACGAUGUAGAAAGUUGGUGUACUGUUUGUCUUGAGGAUGCGACGCUACGAUGUCCUGGGUGCGACGAUGACGUUUACUGCACGCGGUGUUGGUACGAGAUGCAUCGUGGACCACAAGCUGGGUUUGACGAGAGAAGUCACAAAGCGGUGCAAUUCACAAAAGAAAAAAAGACGGAGAAGAAGGAAAAGAAAAAGGUAGCACUGGGAGCGUAA